UACUCAGGUCAUUGUUUACAGUGAAACUUUGGCAAGUUUUCACCACAUCCAGCUGAGAAUGCAGCUCCACUCAUCUUUCUAAAGUCUGAGAAACUUUACAACAAAUUAAAGGAUGUUAAAAAGAUGUAGAAAAAAUACCUCACAUAUAGAAGUAGUUUUAACUUCUCAAAAUCCUCCAAAACUAAACGUUUUCAAAUGUCUCUCUGUUCCCUCUCUCUGGUCUUCACAAGGAUACAUGCACAGACACACACACACACACACACAGACUUUGGGUGAGAAAGUGAGUGGGAGUGUUCUCAGGCUUUGGGCUGGGCUGAUUUGGGUGAGACACAGAGGGGUGUGGUUACCACCAGCCUCCAAAAAACGAUCCUUCCCUUCACUUUGUUGCAGUCUGCACCAGAGGGAGCAGGGUGCAGAGGUGCAGGGAGUCAAGGGAGAGUGAGCGUGAGAGAGGCAGUCUGCAGCUCCUCUCUACUCCUUUCUACUCACUAUUGGGCCGUACUGUUGCUGCACUCUUCUGUGGUCAUCAUGAGUUUGUAUGGGUCCCAACAGGGGCUCAACAUUAGCCGCAAGGGCGGCUCUAAGAGCGACCUCACCGGCGUCGGCACCUACCCGUACUCACGGAGUGAGGUGAUGCACGGGGGAGGCAAUGGAUACGACCACUACGGGGACGGUUACAGAAGCUUCUCCUACUCAAAGUCCACCAGGGGCAGCACAGGGGGCGGAAUGAUGAGCGGAACACAAGGAGGAAUGAUGAUGGGCAGUGGAAUGUCGGGAGGAAUGAUCAUGGGAAGUGGAACACAAGGAGGAAUGAUGGUGGGGAGCGGAACACAAGGAGGAAUGAUGGUGGGGAGCGGAACACAAGGAGGAAUGAUGGUGGGGAGCGGAACACAAGGAGGAAUGAUGGUGGGGAGCGGAACACAAGGAGGAAUGAUGGUGGGGAGCGGAACACAAGGAGGAAUGAUGGUGGGGAGCGGAACACAAGGAGGAAUGAUGGUGGGGAGCGGAACACAAGGAGGAAUGAUGGUGGGGAGCGGAAUGGCCGGCGGAAUGAGUGCAUCCAACCUCAGUGCCAUCCAUCAGAAGGCCUUGAACAUGCAAGCUCAGUGUCAGGAGUAUCUGAAAAAGGCCGAAUUCGCUCUUCAGUCGGGUCCCUCUGGUGAUGCCGAGCGCUACAUGAUGAUGGCCAAAGAAACCAUCGAGCAGCUGAAGAAUUGUGCUAUCGACCUGAGACACAUGGGACAUUCCAACGACAACAUAGUCAGGACCUUGGAGCUGUGUAAAGACCAGCUGAAGGGCGUCCACAUGGCCAUCACUGGGAGCAUGCGGAGGAGAAGCACAAGAGGGAGCUCUGGAGGAUGGGAGGAGCCUGGAAGAAGCUUCCAUGAUGCCAUUGCCUGGAUUGGACAGCAAAAACGUCUGAUUGAAACUGCUUCCUGGGGAGAUGAUCCUGCAACCAUCCAGCAGCAGCUCGUCAGCCACCAGAAGUUUCACAGCUCCAUCCAGCGAAGCGUGGAGGUGGACCGGGCCAGAGACGACCUGAACAAACGGGGAGAUAAAGGCAAUCUUCAUGCUCUGGACCAAGAGUGGGACAGUCUCCAGCAAUUGUCCUUCCAACGGACUCAGCAGCUGCAGGAGCUGCAGCAGAUCAUCCAGGAGAUCUCCAAGGAGAUCAUGUGGGUGAACGACAGGGAGGAGGAGGAGCUGGUGUUUGACUGGGGAGACAAGAACAUCGACCAGUACAUCCCCAGGAAGCAGGAGAGCUACUCGACAUUGAUGAGCGCCCUGGAGGUCAAAGAGAAGGAGCUGAACAAACUGAAGACCAGAGUCGACACACUCCUGAAGAACAACCACCCUGCAGCGGACAAGAUUGAGGCCUACCAGGACACACUCCAAACCCAGUGGAGUUGGCUGCUCCAUAUUACAAAGUGCAUUGAUACUCAUCUCAAGGAGAAUGCAGCGUACAGCCAGUUCUUCAAAGAGGCCAACGAGACCUACAGUGCUCUGCAGAAGGAACACGAGACGGUGCGGAAGAGGUUCAUAUGUGACAAGAACACGCCUCUGGAGAACCUUCUGGAAAUCCUCAAAGGACUGGAGAGGGAGAAGGAGAGGAUAAUGGACAACAAGAGACAAGUCCAACACCUGGUCAACAAGUCCAAGAGCAUCGUGAGACUCAAACCCAGAAACCCUGAGGAGAAGAGCAGCACCCCCGUCAUAGUUAAAGCCCUCUGUGACUUCAAACAAGACCAGAAGGUGAUCUGUAAAGACAACGAGGCCAUCCUGAAGGACAACAGUCAGCGCAGUCGAUGGGACAUCACUGGUCCAGGAGGCCUGGACAUGUUGGUGCCCUCUGUGUGUCUGAUCAUACCCCCACCAAACCCCCUCAGUGUCAGCCUGGCCAACAAGAACGAGCAGUAUUAUGAAGCCAUCCUGUCCAUCUGGAACCAGCUGUACAUCAACAUUAAGAGUCUCAUCGCCUGGCAGUACUGCCUGACUGACAUCCAUCACAUCAACUCCCUCACCAUAUCCAUGUUGGCCAAGAUGCGUCCUGAGGAGUAUCGUCAAAUCAUCAAGAACCUGGAGACUCACUACGAGGAGUUCAAAAGGAGCUCCCUGGGAUCGCAGAUGUUCGCUGACGAUGACAAAAGGAGCAUCGAGAACCAGUUCACAGAGGCCCAGUCCCACUACGACCAGCUGGUGGUGCAGUUGCCAACCUAUGUCGUUCAGUUUCAACAAGAUGAAGCACAUCAAGCAGCCAGGGAGAAAGAAACGCUGCUUCUCAUUCAGCAACAGGCAGCAGCUGACGCCGAGGCCUGGAGGCUGGAAGAAGAAGCCAGAAGACUGGAAGAAGAACGCCUAAAGGCGGAACGCAGGAAACAGGCAGAGAAGAAAGCAAAUGCCAAGAAAGAGCAAGUGAUCAAGAAGGAGGUAGUGAAAGUGACCAAGUCGGAGCAGGGAAAGAAGAAAGUGGUGGUGUCCUCCUCUGCCUCCUCGCCAUAUUUCUCCUCCAUCUCAACCUCCAACAUUCUGUCGGAGCUGCACGCGCUCAGACUGAGGUUGGAGGGCACGGAGGGAACGCUGAGUCAGCACGUCCACAUCUGUGUGGGAGAUGAAGGUGUGCACGACUGUGGCCUCAGGAUCUCACAGUUGGAGACGGUGCACAGUGACAUCGAUUCAAUGCGCGAGGAGUUCUUACAUCUGAGGGAGCAGAUCCUCAGAGAGCUGGAGGACAUGAAUGACCCUGAUAAAGCCCAGUUUCUACGCAGCGAGUUGGGCAUCAUCAACCAACGACUGGGCAGUUUGGAGAGCAGCGCCUCAGCCUACCUGCAGAGGCUGCGGGCGUUAAGGGACAUGCUGGAGAGUGUGGCACGUGCAGAGGACAUCGUGAAAGUUCAUGAAGCGAGACUGACAGAGAAGGAGACCACGUCUCUGUCCCCUCAGGAGGUGGAGGAAUAUCUACAGACCCUGAAGAAAAUGAAAGCCGAGUUGGAUCAGAAGAGGGAUGUUCUGUCCUCCAUGGAGGCAGAGUUUUCCAAGGCCAGUCACUGGAAUGGGCAAGUGGGCGGGGCCUUCCACAGGUGCGACAUGAUGCUGUCAAAGUACAAGGAGCAGGUGGGGCAGCUCUCUGACCGCUGGAGACGAAUCCAGGGGCAGAUCGACACCAGACACCAGGACUUGCAGCUGUAUCUACCCCAGCUCCAGCACUACAGGGACACCAGCGACUCAUUGAGUAAAUGGAUUGACGACACCAAGAGAAAACAGGAAAACCUGCGGUCCACCAAGAUAAAGAACGUGGAAACACUAAAAGACCACAUUAACAAACAGAAGGAAUUGAACUCAGAAAUCAAAUCAAGAAGAGAGACAUUAGAAAGUGUUCUGAAGGACAACGAGGCCUGUGUGAACUCUGUCAAGGAUCAUGAAAUAUACCUGACCUCUUACACAUCUGGUCUGGAGACUCUGCUCAACAUUCCUUUCAAGAGGACCAUGCUGAGGUCCCCGAGCAUGGACCUCAAUCAAGAGGCUACACAGCUCCAGACCCGUUACAUGGAGCUGCUGACACUGUCUGCGGAGUAUUAUAAAUUCCUGGGAGAGUUGAUGAAAAACAUGGAGGAGCUCAAGAUACGCAACACCAGGAUUGACCUGUUGGAGGAGGAGCUCCGCCGUCUGAAGGAGGACAUUCAUGAUCGUAACAACAAAAACAAAUCACUGGAAGACGCGGUCUCCCGCUACCAGGUGGAGCUGUCUCACUCCCAAGACCAACUGUUGCUAAUGGAAGAGUCGAAGAGGAGCUCAGAGAUACACGUCAGUGCCACCAGGGAAAAAAUGGAUACCACGCAAAGCCGCCUGUCAGAUCUUGAAGAUCAGGUGAACCGACUCACCUAUCUUCUUGAGGAGGAAAAGAGGAAAAGGAGGCUGGCCGAAGAGCGCUACACUCAGCAGCAGGAGGAGUUUGAGUUAGUGCUGAGGAAGAGGCAGAAGGAGUAUGAAACAGUCAGCUGGUCUAAGGUGGAGUUGGAGAAGAGCUCGGUCAGUAGGGAUCAUGAGCUUGAGCAGCUACGGCGGCAGCUGGCUGAUGAAGCUGCGAGGAAUAAGGAGCUGCAGAAAGAGAUUUCAAAGGUAAGGAGCGAUUGCAGUGCAGAGAUCAAUAACCUAAAGGUGAGCUACGAAUCCCAAAUUCAUGUCAGUCGAACAGACAUUCAGAGGCUGACAACCCAGAGGGAGGAGAACACGGCUGAGCUCCAGCAGCGGUGUGAGUGGAUGGAGGCAGAGAAGAGGAAUUUAGAGGAGGAGCUCAGGAAGCUCAGGAUGUCCAUCAGCCAGGCUGAGGAACAAAAGGCCAAGGCUGAGGAAGAGGUACACAGUCAGCGUCUGGUCAUCACGGAGGAAAGCCGAAGAAGAAGAGAGCUUGAAAAUGAGGUUGAGGUUCUGAUGAAGCAGAGAGACCAGAAUAGCAACCAGCUUGAAGAAAGACUGGCUGAGGUCAUGAAUGCUCUGCGGGAGAAAAGUGAACAGCUGGAGUAUGUCACCCACAGUCUAGAGGAGGAGACGCGCAGGAGAAAAACUGCAGAAGAAGGACACGGUGUGUUAGAACAGAGUUUAUCUCAGCUGCAGGUGAAAUUAACCAACUCAUCAAUAGUUUCAACCCAGCUAAGGGAGUGCGAGGUGGAGCUUCAGACAACACGAAUAGAGCUGGAGCGAGAGAGGAAAGAGAGGAGCAGGAUAGAACAGAACCUGAGCAGGUUGCAGAGUCGCAUCAAAGACCUCCAGGCCGUGAGGGAUAGUCUAGAGAGCCAGGUGGAAAAUCUGAGGAAGACCAACCAGGAGGAAGCUGCCAGAAGAAGUCAGGCAGAAGCAGAGCUGGAAAAGACGGCCAUGUCAGUGAGAGAGUACACGAGCACCAUCGCGGUGCUUCGUCAGUGUCAAGAAGAGGCCAGCACCUCAGGAAAGAGGGAUGAAGAAGAGUGGCAAAUGUUGCACGAGGAGCUGGAGAGAAGCCUCAAGCAAAACAAGGCCUACAUAGAGCAAGUGACGCAGCUAAGAAGUGAGUUACAGGCUCUGCAGCAACAACUUCUGCAGGAGCAGGCCAGGCUCAAAGAAGCCAAUCUGAGAAAUGAAGAACUUAAUCGAUCUAUCAAGGAAAAGAUUAGAGUUCUGGAUGAGAAUUCUCUAAGUCUUCGUAGGCUCCAAGAGGCGACUGAGACCCACAACAGAGAGAGGCUGAAGCUGGAGGAGGAGCUGAAGACAACAAAGCAAGAUAAGGAGAAACUCUUGAGAUCCAAACAGGGGAGUGAAGAUGAGUUCUCUUCCCAGAUAACUGCCCUGGACCUGCAACUAAAGGCCAGUGAGCGCAGCAACCUAGAGUACCGUACCCUGAUCUCAGAGCUCUCCUCUGAGAGGGAGAAGCUCAAGCUGGAGACAGAGAGAAUACAAAGACAGGCUACUGAGAUAACGUCAACGAUGCAGUCCACUCAGUCACAGUACACUGAAGUUGUAAAGGAGAGAGACACACUGUUGCUAAAAUUACAAUUCUCUGAUAAAGACAAAGAUCGAUUCUUAAGCCUUGAGGAAGAACUCCGUCGUAUCAAAAUGUCCCUAGAAUCUGAGCUACGCAGUAAACAACAACUGCAGGAAGAGAUUGAAAGGUUGAGGAGGGAUUCAAGUCACUGGAAGGACCAGUAUGAAAGCAAACAGACCAUAAUAAGGCAGUAUGACACCGACAAGGAUCGUAUGGAGAGGGAAAAGAACUCCUUAAAAAGUGAGAUAGAGAGGCUAAUGCGGGAACUCAGGGAGCUCGAGUCCCUGUAUAAAAGUAAGCUGGCAGCCCUUCAGAAAGAACUACAUGAGGUAACUGUUGUCAGGCAAACCAUGGAGACGGAGCUGAAGAGUACUAGAGUAUCCUCAACCUUAGAUGCCUCUAAUGUGAUUUUUGAUGGUGUGCGUAAAUCAGUCACAGCAGACCAGCUGCUUGACUGUGGCGUAUUAGACAAACCGACGUUGACUCAGCUUGUGAAGGGGCAGAGGUCCGUACCUGAAGUAGCUGCUGACAAGAAAAUCAAUCUCAAAGGGACAGGUCCAAUCGCUGGGGUGAUAGUUCAGGAUCCAAAAAGUCCAGGUUCAUCAUUUGGACAACCCUGCAAACUGACUCUCACUGAAGCCAAGACACAGAAUCUCCUUCCACCGGAUUGCGCUGAUCUACUUCUGGAUGCCCAAGCUGCUACAGGCCACAUUAUUGACCCGAGGACCAAUCAGAAGUUUACAGUUGAGGAUGCGUGUAAUCAAGGUGUGGUUGAUUUGAAAGACAGGCAGAGAUUGUUGGCUGCAGAAGCUGCAGCUGUAGGUUAUAGAGGUCCAGGAAUCAGCAAACCUCUUUCAGCAUUUGAGGCCAUGAAAAAAGGACUGAUUGACAAAAACACAACACUGCGUCUUCUGCAAGCACAGGAAUGUGUGGGUGGCAUUCUUGAUCCAGUCCUGAGUGUGUUUCUCCCCAAAGACACAGCCAUUGAACGUAAUUUGAUUAAUGAUGACAUAUACAGAACACUGAACCAAAGACCAGAGCUCUACUUGGACCCAGAGAGUGAGGAGGGGGCAACUUAUAUGUCAUUGAAAAGAAGAUGUAAAGUGGAGCCACAAACAGGUCUUCUUCUUCUUCCAGUCUCAGUACAAGCAGACCCUUCCAAAUUUGUGUUUGAUGGCGUACGCAAGACAGUUACAGCAAAAGAGCUGCUUGAUUGUGGAGUCCUGGACAAAAAAACAUUUGACCAGCUACGAAAGGGUGAGAAAACCAUCCAGGAGGUGUCAGAGGAUAAGAAGCUCUUUCUUAAGGGGAAAGGACCGAUUGCUGGUGUGGCUGCUGGGCCUUUGGGUAAAAUGGCUUUGUCGGAAGCUAAACAGAAGAUGUUCAUGAGCACAGAUAGUGCAGAUUUGCUCCUGGAUGCUCAGGCUGCCACAGGUCACAUCAUUGACCCUGCAAAAAAUAAGAAGUUAACAGUAGAGGAAGCCUGUGCUCACGGGGUGGUUGACAAUAGGGACAGAGAUAGACUUUUGGCAGCCGAAGCUGCUGCAGUAGGCUACCGUGACCCUGGAACGGGCAUGCCUCUUUCUCUAUAUGGGGCAAUGAAAAAAGGGUUAGUAGACAGGAAAACUGGGUUACGUCUGCUGCAGGCCCAGGAGUCUGCAGGGGGCAUAUUAGACCCCAACCUCAGUGUGUUUCUCCCUAGAGAAACAGCUAUAAAUCGCAACCUUUUGGAUAAAGACAUAUGUAAUGUGCUAGACAAGAACCCUGUGUGUUACAUUGACCCAGACACAGAGACUGAGGUCAGCUACGUUGCAUUAAAGAAAAAGUGCAAAACAGAGUCUCAUACUGGCCUAAUACUGCUGCCAAUCAUUGAGCGUAAGGACCCUUCCAAGAUAAUGUUUGAAGGAGUCCGAAAGCCAGUUUCUGCACAGCAGUUGUUUGCUUGUGGAGUCCUAGACAAACCAACCUUGGAUCAGCUAGUAAGAGGUGACAAAAGUGUUCAAACUGUUUCAGUUGAAAAGACUGUCUUUUUAAAAGGCACUGGACCCAUUUCUGGGGUGGUAGCAGGGCAUAAAGGUAAAAUGUCAUUGGCAGAAGCAAAGAAACAAAAUCUUCUGCCUGAUGAUAGUGCAUAUUUGUUGCUUGAAGCCCAAGCUGCUACAGGGCACAUUAUUGAACCAAGCACUGGUGAAAAACUGACAGUAGAGGAGGCAUGCGCUAAAGGAGUGGUGGAUGUUAGGGACAAAAUAAGAUUAUUGUCAGCCGAGGGUGCUGCUGUGGGAUACAAAGAUCCAAGUUCAGCUAAACUUCUCUCAGUAUUUGAGGCCAUGAGGAAGGGAAUCAUUGACAAGAAGGUUGGCCUUCGUUAUCUACAGGCCCAAGAGUCAGUGGGAGGAAUUUUAGACCCCAACCUAAGUGUUUUCCUGCCUAAAAACUUGGCCAUCAAACACAAUCUUUUGGAUGAAGAGCUCUGCCAGGUUCUCAAGCUUAAUCCUGCUUGUUAUCUUGAUCCUGAACCUGAUAAUGAUGUUAGCUAUGGGGCCUUAAAGGGAAGGUGCAAGAAAGAGUCUCACACAGGACUGCAACUUUUACCAAUCUCUGAGAGAUUUGACCCUUCCAAAUUACUCUUUGAAGGUGUCCGCAAGACAGUCACAGCAAAGCAGCUGCUUGAUUGUGGGGUCCUGGAUCAGUUAACCUUUAACAAACUCAUAAAAGGAGAAAAAACUGUCUCAGAGUUAUCUGUAGAUAAAAGGGUCUACCUAAAAGGGACUGGGUCCAUUGCUGGUGUUGCAGCUGGGUCAUCAAAGAAAUUGUCCUUCACGGAGGCAAAGAAACAAGACAUAAUGGAUUCUAAUUGUGCUAAUAUGUUACUGGAAGCACAGGCAGCCACAGGCCAUAUCAUUGACCCCAAAAGUAAUCAAAAGCUGACUGUGAAAGAAGCAAGUGCCAAAGGGGUAGUGGCUAAAGAGGAUGAAUCAAAGCUGUUUGCAGCUGAGGCUGCAGCAAUUGGUUACAGAGACCCAAACAGUACCAAACUUCUGUCUGCAGGACACGCCCUGAGAAUGGGGUUAAUUGACAAGGAUACAGCCCUUCGCAUACUUCAAGCUCAAGAAUCUGUUGGGGGUAUUUUAGACCCAAGUCUAAGUGUGUUUCUACCCAGAGAAUCUGCAUUAAAUCGAGGUCUUAUAGAUGAAAACUUAAAUGAGGCCCUAAACCAGUAUCCUGAGUGUUACCUGGACCCAGUCACCCAAAAACCAACAACAUACAUAUCUCUUAAACGUCAGUGUAAAGCAGAUCCAUUUACAGGUCUUUUGUUUCUUUCUGAUAUAGCCACAAAGAAGUCAGACCUGACUGUGCAGGGUCUUAGGGGUGAGGUAUCAGUCUCAGAACUUGUGGAUGCAAAUCUGCUGGAAGCAUCUGACAUUUGCAAACUAAGUGAAGGGAAACUCACUAGCAAAGACAUCGAAGAACGCUUACACUCUUAUCUAAGAGGGUCCACCUGCAUAGCAGGAGUUUACGAUGAGGCCAGCGAUAAAGUGAUGCCGAUCUAUCAGGCCAUGAAAAAUAAAUUGUUACGACCUGGGACUACUUUGGAACUGCUUGAGGCCCAGGCUGCUUCAGGUUUUAUAAUUGAUCCUGUAAACAACUUGUAUCUGAGUGUAAGUGAUGCCUAUAGCAAAAGACUCUUUGGGCCAGAGUUUAAGGAUAAACUAUUAUCAGCAGAGAGGGCUGUGACUGGUUAUAAGAUGCCAGGGACAAACACUAUCAUCUCCCUCUUUCAGGCUAUAGAGAAAGGUCUAAUAGAGAAAGGCCAUGGCAUCCGUCUACUGGAGGCCCAGAUUGCCAGUGGUGGUAUCAUUGAUCCUGAACAUAGCCAUCGAAUCGAUGUGGAUGUGGCCUACAAAAAAGGGUACUUUGACGAAAACAUGAAUAAAAUCCUCACUGAUGAAAGUGAUGACACCAAGGGAUUCUUUGACCCGAACACAGAGGAAAACCUGACCUAUUUGGAAUUAAAGUCCCGCUGUAUCACAGAUAAAAACACUGGUCUCGUCCUAUUGCCCAUAGUAGACCCGAAAAAGUUAGAGUCAACCCUGAAGAACACCUUAAGAAAGAGGAGAGUGGUAAUUGUUGACCCAGAAACCAACAGAGAGAUGACAGUACGUGAAGCAUAUGACAAAGGAUAUAUUGACUAUGAGACCUAUUUGGACCUGUCCCAGCAAGAGGGUGAGUGGGAAGAGAUCACAAUUACUGCACCAGAUGGAUCUGUACGGUUUGUUAUCAAUGAUAAAAAGACAGGGAGGCAAUUUGACAUUAAUGAUCUCCUUGAAAAAAAAAUCAUUAAUCAGUCUGUCGUUGAUAAGUACCGUUCCAAUACCAUCACACUUACUGAAUUAGCAGAUAUUAUCACUGAGAAGACAAAACAUGGAUCAUUGUCAUCAUCUUCCUUGUCAGGAUCAAGACAACCAGCAUCAACCUCAUUUACAUCCUCAGUGACAUCAUCAUCAAGUGUAAAAAAAUCAGAAUCUUCAGGUUCAAUGUCACUGACUUCAUCUGAUGUGCCAAGACCUUCCUCGCCUUCUUUUGGCAAAAUGACCACAACAAGAACUACUAUGGUUACAGAAAGGAGCUCCACAAUCAGCGCUGUUUCAAGAGAAUCACCUGAUUCUCUAAAGCAUAAAUCCAGUGUGUCUAUCACUCUAGCGUCUCCCGUGGAAGCAGUGGGUGAACAGGAACCCGUGGGUGCCAUCUUUGACACAGAGGCUGUAGAGAAGAUUUCCAUCACAGAGGCUCUUAACCGUGGCUUGGUGGAUUCAAUCACGGCUCAGAGACUGCUAGAAGCCCAAGCCUGCACUGGAGGAAUUGUCAAUCCUGCCAAUGGAAAUCGGCUGAGCAUCCAGGAGGCAUCUCGUCUUGGUUUAAUCAAUGACGACAUGGCAAAUAACCUUAAAUCUUCACAGAAGGCUUAUACAGGCUUCGAGGAUGUGAAAACAAGAAAGAAGAUUUCUGUUGCUCAGGCCAUGAAGGAGAUGUGGCUUCCAUAUGAGGCAGGAAACAGGUUCAUGGAGUUUCAGUAUGUAACUGGAGGUCUCUAUGACCCAGAAGCUAACUGCAGAAGAUCCAUUGAAGAUGCUCUUAACAUGGGCUGGUUGGAUGUGAGUGCUGCCCAAAAACUUGCAGACGUCAGGCACCAUACAAAGAACCUGACCUGCCCCAAGAGCAAACUCAAGAUCUCCUACAAAGAGGCUCUGGAUAAUUGCCUUGCGGAGGAAAGCAGCGGGGUUAGGAUGCUCCAGGCUUCGUCUGUAUCUUCUAGGGGUAUCAGUAGUCCAUACAAUGCUGCUUCAGCACCAGGGUCCACCAGCGGGUCCAGAAGCGGCUCAAGAAGAAGCUCCCGCAGGAGCAGUUUUGACCUUGGCUCCUCCACCUCUUCUCCAGCUACUCUCCACAGUCAUUCGAGCUUCGCCAAUUUUUUCAGUCGAUAAAAAUCCAACAUAUUGAUCACAUUUUGUUUAAAAUUGUGACUUUUGUUUUGUUAAAAAUCAUUUUAUUCAAGAAAAUAAAAAUCUGUAAUGUUUACAAGGAGAAAUAUAGUUGAAACUUUCGAAAAUGCUUUUCAAAAAACGGUUUGUUAUUGCUUUGUUUUCAAUUGCUACUUAAACGGAUCAGAAGAAUGACUUCUUCAAAUGUGGAUUUUUAUUUGUUUUUGUGAACUGGGAAAAAAGUAUUAUUACAAGUUAACUUUUAAUAUGUGGAUUAAGAUUGGAUUGUAUACUAUUUUAAAUGCUGGUGCUCUAAAUUAGGCUUACUGAUGGCCAAAACCUGUUUUUCAAAUACAGUCUUUACAAUUUGCAUUGAAAGUACAUAUAAUUUUUCAAAGCGUUUUAUCGCAAACACUUAUUAGGCAAAGUAUGUUUACAUUUGUGUGCUAUUAUAGUAUCAUGUGCCUCUGUUUGUGUAGGUGAUGCACAGUUGGGUUUCAAAUAUGUACUGCUUGACUAUUUUUUUUUUUCUGAUAAGCAAACUAAUUCAUUGUUUACUUGCAUUUUAUGGCUACAUCUUUUGUAACAGCUCACAUCUCACAAUAAAAACAAGUUUUGAAUCUUGAUACA